AUGCCUCCUUGUGCUAUUAACAGCCCCAAGAAGAAGAGGUUGAAGCGCAAAGGCUUAGAUGCUUCUGGCAGGGCAGCCUUGCUGAAGCUGAAGAUGGUGCUCCAUGAUGUUCCGGCCGUCCCAAUGCAGGGACCAAGUCAUCCUCCCAAGGGCUUCUUGUCCCUCAGUCCUAAUAUUCCAGUGAACCCUCAGGCUCCGGAACCAGCUCAUAAAGGACAGAAGGGUCUUCCAAAGGUCAGGCAUGCAGUUCCUCCACCUUAUAGUUUACUCACUGUUACCAAUGGUCCUGUGAGCAUUGAUAACACAGGUCCUGGUUUUCCAAUACACCAACCUGGCGGAAGGUUUGGUUUCAUUGCUCCUCCCAGUGCUGGCCAUAGUCUUCACAAGGCCAACAAUCCACAUAUUGCUGUUAGCUCGAAGGCUGUCAAGAACGGACCCAAAGGUAGCAGCACCAAUGACAGCGAUGACGAGAACAAGGAUGAGGAUAAGGAUAAGGAUGGGGAGAGGAAAGAGGACAAGGAUGAGUCAGACAAGGAUGAGCACACCAAUGAGAAUAAGUACCAAUGUCAUGAUGGUCAUCCAGCUGCUCAGAUGAGCCUUAAUGAAAACACUGUGCUCUACUUCCAAGGCUUCUACUUCUCAGAACCUUCCUAG